UUCGACCCGCCCACGACCAAGGAGACAAACACACCCCUUACGCCUCCUCCCUCUUUCUCCUUGCUCCUUCUGCAUUAGGGUUUGCUACCUCUCACUCGAUCCGCUCGCGCGAUCUUGUUCUCGUUCGGCGAUCGAGGAGAUGGACGAGGGGAGCAAUAGCACCACUAGCUUCCCCAAGUCCCACGUUCGCGGCGGCGGCGGCGGCCUCUUCCCCCUCGGUACGCCAGCCUUCUCUAGCUGCCAGUCGGCUUCCACUAGUGGCAGCGCCGGCUCGCCCUCAAGCAGGAGUGAAAUAGUGGCAACGACUCCCGCCAGCGAGAAUACCUUGGUCAGGCUGAACCACCUCGAUAUCCACGGGGACGGCGAGGGGACGCCCGAAGGAGCCGUGAGUGGCAAAAAGAAAAAACGGAGUUCUCGGGCUGUUUCAGGUGAUAAAAGUGGCAGGGGUCUUCGGCAAUUCAGCAUGAAAGUUUGUGAGAAAGUUGAAAGCAAGGGGCGAACUACUUACAACGAGGUUGCAGAUGAACUUGUCACUGAAUUUACAAAUCCACAAAAUAAUCCAGGAUCUCAAGAUCAGCAGCAAUAUGAUGAGAAGAACAUACGGCGAAGGGUAUAUGAUGCACUAAAUGUUCUCAUGGCUAUGGAUAUUAUCUCUAAAGAUAAAAAGGAGAUACAUUGGAAAGGUUUACCUCGAACUAGUCUAAAUGAUAUUGAAGAAUUAAAGGCAGAGAGAAUUGGAUUGAGGAGUAGAAUUGAUAAGAAAACUGCAUAUUUGCAAGAGUUGCAUGAUCAAUAUGAAGGUCUCCAAAACUUGGUUCAAAGAAAUGACAAGUUAUAUGGAUCAGGAAAUCUUCCAUCUGGUGGCGUUGCUUUACCAUUUAUCUUGGUUCAGACUCGUCCACAUGCUACGGUUGAGGUAGAAAUUUCAGAAGAUAUGCAACUUGUACAUUUUGACUUCAACAGUACCCCGUUUGAGCUACAUGAUGAUUCCUACGUGGUUAAAGCAAUGGGAUUGUGCAUGCGAGAAAAAAAUGAUGGUUCUCUAGCACCUUGCUCUGAUGGAGGUGAUGGCUCGAGCGUGAUAGGUGCUAGUCAGAAGCACUCCUCACCAUCUUCUAGAGCUAAUUCUAUGACCAGAGUUUUAGCUUCUCCUCCUAAACCCGGGAUUCUAAAAUCGCGUGUGAAGAAUGAACAUUAAUCUCAAAAGUUUACAGCUUUCUCAUUGUUGCC